AUGGGUGAGAAGAAAAUAGAUAAAUAUGUAUUUAAUGUGAAGAAUAAAGCUGGAGAAGGAUCUUAUGCCACUGUUUAUAAGGGAUUCAAUGAAAAAACAGGAGAAAAAGUGGCAAUUAAAAUGUUAAGUAAAUCUGUCAUAAAUGCGUAUAAUUUUGAGAGUAAAUAGAAAGAGAUGAUUAUUUGAGAGAGGGAUUGAUUUAAGAAAUUAAAAUUAUGUAAAAGCUUAAGAGUCCAAAUAUUGUAUAAUUAUUAGAUGUAAUGGAAACUUCAAAUAAUUAUUAUAUUGUCUAAGAAUUUUGUGAUGGAGGAGAUUUUGAUGAGUAAUUAUAAAUAUUAAUUAUUUUAUAAGAUUACUAAAGAAACGCAAAAUUUUAAGUGAAAAGGAAGCUAUCAAAUUUUUAGUUGAUGUUUUAAAUGGUUUCACAUAAUUAAUUAAGAAUGGAAUUAUACAUAGAGAUCUAAAACCUGCAAAUAUUUUAAUUGACAAGGCUGUAUUCUUAUAAAAUUAUUUAAUUCAAAUAGACAUUUAAAUUGGCUGAUUUUGGAUUUGCAAAAUGUGUUGAUAAUUUUAAAAAGGACAUGAUGUCAUCUAUGGUUGGAACACCUUUAUAUAUGAGUCCUCAAAUAUUGGAUCAUAAAAGAUAUAAUUCUAAAACUGAUGUCUGGAGUAUAGGAUUUAUCUUCUAUGAAGCAUUAUUUGGAAAAAGUAACAUUUUUAUAAUAUUUUCUAAGCUCCUUGGACUGCUCGAUCUCCUGCUGAAUUACUGAAAAACAUUAGAAAUUAACCAUUAAAAUUUCCAACUGAUAAAAUUCCAGUAUCUCAAGAGACUUUAGAUUUAAUAAUUGGAUGUUUAUAACCAGAUGAAUGUAAACGUUUCUCUUGGGAUGAUAUCUACAAGCAUCCAGCUGUUGCAUAAUAUUUUUCUGAUUUUAUUAAGGGAAAUUCUAAACUUGAGGAUAAAGCCUAAUAUUUAAUAAAUGAUAUAAGAUUGAUGAUUAUUAAAGAAAAAUUAGACAUAACUUAAUUGUUCGCUGAAUUGGAUAUGUCUAAAGAUAAAGCAUUAGAUGUAAAUGAGUUAGGUCGAUUUUUAACAAGAGUUGAUAAAGAUAUACAAAGGGAUGAAAUAGAAUAUAUAUUUAAUAAAUUUGAUGAGGAUGGUAGUAACUCAAUAGAAUUUGAAGAAUUUAAAAAAUGGUUGGAAGAUAAUUCUAUUCAUGUUGAUUAAGAUUAAUAAAAUAGAGAUAAAUAAAAGAAAUAAUCUUUACUAUAAAAAAAUAAUGUUGAAGAAAGAGCAAAUUAUGUAAUUGAAAAAUUAAAGCUAUCAAUUAUUAAAUAUAAUAUUUAAUUAAUUGAUUUAUUUAAAAAGGUUAAUUUUUUUGUUUAUUUAUUAUUAUAGUUUGAUAAAUCUGCAGAUUUAAAACUAGAUAUUAAAGAAAUGGGAAUGAUGUUAAAGAGAAUUGAACCUAAUAUCACAGAAGAUGAAACAAGAACAGUUUUUGAUUAUUUUGAUAUAAACAAAGAUGGAGAAAUUACAUUCUAAGAAUUUUAGACAAAUUUAUAAGAAUGCAUAGUCCGUAAAAAAUGA